ACAGGGGGUGUGUUUGGAUGGAGACCUGUUUAUGCUUUUAUAUCAUCCCUGGUCGGUCCCUACAGUGAUACGUACUGCAGAAGUAUGGCACACUGCAGUGUAACGGCACACUACUCCACCGGUAUUCCACUGGAAUAUAUGCUUGCCAGCGCCAGCGCCACGACCAACCCAUAUCCCUGUCUCUCUGCUGACUAUUUAACAUUUGUAGAAACUUCUACAUAUCGAGAGUUGUGCAGUUCUGCGCCGGAGAGACGUCAAGAGAGCACCACCAAGGCCAGGUUUUAUAUGCUUUGGAAGUGAAUCUUAUUUGCGAAUUAUUUCCUCCUUGGUUUCGUAUUACAGAGGGAGCAGCGCGAGUAUCGCUAUGUAAACCAACUGCAUCAUGACAUGUUUUACCGAUGUUUCGCAAAGAAAUCUAAAGGAAAAACGCGAACUAAUAGCCUUCAGCUGACAUUUGUUAGUAUGUGGAAUAAUUUGUAACUAACUGAAUCGUCCGAAAACAAAGCCGAGAUAGCGGAAAGGAUACGGUAUCUGUCGUUAGUUUACGCGGAGGGAACUGACCGGGAGAGUAGGCUAUUGCAUUAUUAUCACCACAGCUGCUGAACAGAGGAGCAUAAGUGAACGAAUACUACGGCUGCCAGAGGCUGUUCCCACACUGUCUAUCUCCACUGUCACUCAACAUCAACCAGCGAAUCAACGGCCUCGCUGAGACGCUAUCGGAGCCAUGGGUGAGGCUAAGGUCCUGAUGUUGCUUCUUCUGAUUGGUUGGGAGAAGUCGUUGAGUCUCAACUGGAACCCAAUACCACGCAAGACCGUCAGAUAUCAUGAGGUACUGGACAGCAUGGCCAGGUUCCGGGCUCUAGGUGUGUGGAACUACACCAUGGUGACUCUAGCAGAACACGAGAGGGUUCUGUAUGUAGGAGCUAGAGAGGCCCUGUUCGCCCUGGACCCUAACGACAUCAGCAGACAGCUACGACCUCUGAUUGAGUGGCCAGCACCACAGGAGAAGAAGAGAGAGUGUUCUGCCAAGGGCAAGAACAACCAGACAGAGUGCUUCAACUACAUCCGCUUCCUGCAGAGCUACAACCACACCCACCUCUACACCUGUGGAACCUUCGCCUUCCAGCCCAAGUGCACCUACAUCAAUGCUGACCACUUCAGUCUCAACCCUGGCUCCCUGGAGGAUGGGAAGGGCAAGUGUCCCUACGACCCUGCCAAAGGCCACACAGGCCUCAUAGUGGACAAGGAGCUGUACUCUGCCACACUGAAUAACUUCCUGGGUACUGAGCCUGUGAUCCUGAGGAACCUGGGACAGCAACACUACAGCAUGAAGAGUGAAUACCUGCCGGCCUGGCUCAACGAGCCUGACUUUGUGGGCUCAGCCCUGGUGAGGGAGAGCAGUGGCAGUAAGGAAGGUGACGAUGACAAGAUCUACUUCUUCUUCAGUGAGAGAGCUGUAGAGCUAGACUGUGACACAGAGCUCACUGUGGCCAGGGUGGCCCGUGUCUGCAAGGGUGAUCUGGGGGGCACCAGGACCCUGCAGAAGAAGUGGACCACCUUCCAGAAGGCCAGGCUGGUGUGUUCUCUCCCUGAACGCCACGUCACCUUCAACAACCUGCGGGAAGUCUUCACCCUGCCAGGCAUCGACUGGCGCACCACCACCUUCUAUGGCAUCUUCCACGCCCAGUGGGGUGAUGUGGAUGUUUCAGCGGUGUGUCAGUACCAGAUAGGGGAGGUGAAGAAGGUGUUUGACGGCCCGUAUAAGGAGUACAGAGAGGGCUCCCAGAGAUGGGGACGAUACACUGGCACUGUCCCCAGCCCACGGCCCGGAGCGUGCAUUACAAGCUGGCAUAGGGAGAACGGCUACAACACCUCUCUUCAGUUGCCAGACGCCACUCUCAACUUUGCCAAGAAGCACCCUCUGAUGGAGGAGAAGGCUCAGGCUCGCCCCCUACUGCUCACCAAGGGCAUCAACUUCACCCGCUUGGCAGUGGACCGGGUCAGCUCCCUGGACCAGCGUGCAUACAACAUGCUGUUCAUUGGCACAGCAGACGGCUGGUUACAGAGGGUAGUGAUCUUUGGCUCGGAGGCCCAUGUGAUUGAAGAGAUACAGCUGUUUGAUUCCCCUCAGCCAGUGGACAGCCUAACCAUCUCUCACACCAAGAAGUACUUGUACAUUGGCUCACGUUCAGAAGUGCUCCAGCUGCCCUUGGCUAACUGCAGCCGUUAUCAGUCGCAGCCAGACUGCCUUCUGUCCCGGGACCCCUACUGCGCCUGGGACAGCGAGGGCCGCGCCUGUGUCCGCAUCGACCUCCACCGCGGGUCUACCUCCUCCCUAUCCCAAGAUCUGAUGCUGGAGAGAUUCAGUAGGGGCAAAGCCAAAUUUGACAAGCCUGUGGCCAUCCCCAGCCCUGACAACUCUCGGCUGAGGAAUGUGACAGUAGUGGUAGAAUCAGACAUGGUUUUGCCCUGCCAGCUGGUGUCCAACCUGGCCCAGCCCUCCUGGGUCCUCAACGACCGCGAGCUGCAGCUAGGAGACGAGGAGGCCGGAGGGCCACGCUUCGACCAGGCCCUGAAGGCUCUGGUGGUCCCCAACGCCAUGCCAGUGCACGCGGGACGCUACGUGUGUUACUCCGAGGAGCAGGGGGUCAAGUUUCAAAUGGAGCGUUACCAGGUGUCGGUGGUGGCCAGCUCCCCUGUGGUCAUGGCGGCCCGGGCCCCUGACGGCAGCAUGGGUCUGUUCUGGGUGUUGGUGAUCACCCUGGGGGCCGCCUGUUUAUUACUAUUGGUGGCAGCUCUGUAUCUGAGGAGACGUCUGAAGCUGGUCCUAGGUAAAGGGGCGGACAUGAAGCCUCUGGAGAGCACGCUGGUCUACCCCAUCACCCUGCCCAAGGAGCCACCCACCUUCGUGCCCAGCAAAAUGCCCAGCGACGAGGACCGCUUCUGGGAGACGGGCGCCAACUACUACUACUCAGACGGAUCGCUGAAGAUCGUUCCGGGCCACGCCCUGUGCCCCAGCAGCCAGUCUCACCACCACGCUCCAACAGCGUCUCCCAGCACCAUCCCCGGCCAGCCCAUCCAUUCCCCCAGCCGGCUCAGCCUUACCAACAUCAGGGGUUCCGGCAGCAACGGCUACAUCCGCCUCAACCUGAGCUCGGCCGGGGAGGAGAGGGUUAGCGGGGGUGGUUCUGGUGGAGGAGGGCUGGGCGGGGGCGGGAACGACUACUCCAGCCCCUUCAAGGAGGAGCUGCGUCGGACCCUGCAGCAGAGGAGCGUGCUGCCUGACGCCAACCCUGAAGAGUCGUCUGUGUAGUCUUUCUCCACGCCUGCCGUAAUGAAAAAACGAAACAAGAGACAACGAACGGCAACUAACCUACCUCCCUCCUCUCUCUCUCUUUCUCGGCUCCACUGUCACCAUGCUCUUUCUCUCUCUCUCUCUUUCUGCCAAUGCUCGUUUGGCUGACUCUGUGACUGGCAGAAGACGCUUUUAGCACAGAGCAUGUGAUGUGACACACACGCCGAAUAUUCAUCAGCAUCCGCUCCUGUUAUUAUUGGGUUUCAUCCGCUCCUGUUAUUAUUGUGUUCCAUCCGCUCCUGUUAUUAUUGUGUUCCAUCCGCUCCUGUUAUUAUUGUGUUCCAUCCGUUCCUGUUAUUAUUGUGUUCCAUCCGCUCCUGUUAUUAUUGUGUUCCAUCCGCUCCUGUUACUAUUGUGUUCCAUCCGCUCCUGUUAUUAUUGUGUUCCAUCCGCUCCUGUUAUUAUUGUGUUCCAUCCGCUCCUGUUAUUAUUGUGUUCCAUCCGCUCCUGUUAUUAUUGUGUUCCAUCCGUUCCUGUUAUUAUUGUGUUCCAUCCGUUCCUGUUAUUAUUGUGUUCCAUCCGUUCCUGUUAUUAUUGUGUUCCAUCCGUUCCUGUUAUUAUUGUGUUCCAUACGCCAAACUGGCUGUCACAUUUGAACUUCUUCAGCAGUUUAACUUGCUUUCGCUGUGCAAAUCUCAAGCUGUGUAAAUUCUGUAUUUAAAGACAAUUGAACGCAGAGGGCCUACACCUCAAGCAUGGCAGUCAAACAAAUGGAAAGGUUUCCUGAGAGCACUGCUUCAUGAUAAGAGAGGACCAAGAACUCAUGACAAGAUUGUAGCUUCAGCGCUAUACCAAUCAUCCAAUAAUCGAGCAGUACGAGUCAACUGACUGAAAGAUGGAGGAGCUGGCUUGCCUUUUUUCUGUUCUGUUGGAGAAUUUUUCGCUUUCUGCACUUAACAUGGGAGUAUGGGAGUCGAUUUUGUAUUUGUGAGCAAAGAGAGUGAGAGAGUCACAUAAAAGACUAAUUAAUCUCAAAAGCAAGACGACAAUCACGUUCCUCUCUCCGGGGGUAAAACCUGGGAAGGAAAGGGAGGGAUGAAGAGAGAGAAAAUGAAGGGAGCUUUGUGUGAAAGACACAGGGUUUACAUGAAGGACAAACUCAAUUAGACUUUCUCGGCUCGAUUUGUACUUUUUUUUUACGUUGUCAGUCUUUCCUCUGAGAAAGUCUUCAAUCCCUGCCACAUUGAUAUAUUGUGACAAUUUAAAUUAAGACAUUUUUAUGUGUUGUUUUUCUAUGUCUUACGGACUACAGAAGCAACAAAUUGAGACCAAUGGCUUUAAAGCAACCCUCUGUGAAUGAGAAUGUGAGAGAAGCAUGUACAAACCUCUCCUAUCCCUGCUCAAGGUAGAUAUCUCCCUAAAUAACCUCCACACUAGUAAAUAGAUUUUAGUACUACUUUUACAAUAACUGCACUACACAUUUACACAAGUGGUUCAUGGGAAUUUCAGUUAAACCCAUUCAGAUACACUUCCUUGUGAUGUGAUUAUGGACAUUUUGUUUGACAUAAUCCCACAACAGAACCUACAACAGCACAUUCACUUAUUAUUCUGAAUUUGAGAUGAGACAAAGGCAUUGCUUUCAGUCAUGUAGUGGGAAUGGCACAAGGGAAUGUAGGUCAACUCUCACUAAACUGUUGCGACUGCAGUGGAUGUCUCAACAAGUGCUUUAUAAUAUGUAUGUGUAAGGGCGGGGGUGGUGGAUGGGUUGAACUGCCAAAAGAAGCCCUCCCUCCCCUGCACUGCCCUGAAUGCCUAACCUGGUGGAUGUAGUAGUGUGUCCUGGAGGGGACGGGCCACAGCACUGUACCUGUCCUAGACACACCCUUUAAUAACCCCUUAUUUCCCUAAACCCCACCCACCCACCCACCUACCUACCUACCUACCGAUGUCCAGAGAAUGACCUGGCGCUACUGUGGAAAGCCUGAAUUCAGAGAGAAGGAUGGGCACUGAACUGUAAACCCACACUGCCUGUGCUGUUAGAGGGACAAGCAGACAACAGAUGGAAGAUAGAUGAAUGCCCUGUGACAAACCAACGGCUCCAGAGAGCGAUCAGAGGCUCAUCAAUCAGAGGGGUGGCUUUGUGACACAUCUGCAGGGACCAGAGAACAACACAACACAAAGGAGGAACAAGAGGAGUACGAUGUUUCUUUCUUUCUCACCAAAAUGUAUACUAGAGACAGCUGAAGGGGAUGUAGAAUAUUGUAAUGAUCCCUGGGUUGAAGAGGUACUUACUUGGCCAUCAGUGGUUAGAUCAUCCUAGUGUUGCAUGAUCCUCUCUGCAAAUGUACUGUACACAUCUCUGAUGACAUGAUCAUAAUUGUAAAAGAAGUGUAUCAUGUUUCAAACUUUUGCAGACACUAAUGUUUUCUACUAAAAAAAAGUGUAAUUUAUGAUUAAGAGUUGUUAAGGACUUGUUCAUGAAUUUGUCCAUCUUCUUAACAUGUUUACUUUCGCUGUGCCUCUUCACCUUCGGAUAAGCCAAAGUAGACUGCAGUUGCUUUUUUGAAAAUGUGUAUUAUUAGAUAUUAUUUUAUUAUUCCACUUCGAUAUUUAAGUUUCAACAGUCUGUCCAACUUCAGUUCAAAGAACUCUCAUGCCUGGAACUUUCCUGCAUAUUUUAUUUAGAGAUUAAUUUUCUUCAGAAGGCAACAAGCUUGUGGAUGGUCAACAUCCUGUUUAGAUGUCAGUAGUAAUCUACUGAAGCCGAUCCCUGACUUCCUAGCACAUGAGAAAGUAAACAAAUCAUCAGAGCGUCAUAGCACCAACCAAGCAAAGCAACUUCCUUUUAACCAAAUGAUAACUCGUGAUUUCAUGAUCUGAGGUUUGAUAUAAAAUCUUAAAUAUUUAUACAUCCAUUUAAUAUGUGUAGAUUGAAUAUGUUACCAAGCACUGGUUCAGACACUUUACAAUCUAUUAACAUUGCUGUGAAUUCAAGCUACAGGAGCUAUUAAGAUUGUUAUAGAUAUUUAACUGAUUUGUCUUAUAAUUAUGUAUUUUAAAAAAUCAUUGGACAUUAUGUCUGAUAUGUCAUAAAACUCUCUUAGAAGAAAAUGAUCCAUCAAACUCAAAAAAGUGAUGUAAAGCACUAACCCCCAAAAAAUCUGCAUGUGCAAUUCUGGAUCUAUAUAGCAAAAAGGCAGUAACUGCUCAUAGUGUGGAUCUGAGAAAAAAGGCUUUUAUUUACCUUGGUUUAACAGUAACUUUAUGCAGUUACUACUAACAUGACCCCCAUGUUCUCCAAAACACAAUACAAUAGAGGCAGUAUACUUGUCCACAUGAUUAAGCAUGUAUUUAAUGUAGCAGAAAUGACAUGAACUCAUUUUGGACCAAAUGAGCAGUUACUGCCUUUUUGGAGAUUACACUCUGCCGGGUCAUAAACAACGCUUUCCACAAUCUUCUCAUCUAAGCCUUUUUAUUCUGUUGUUUUUCAUUAAUAUUAUUAUUAUAUUACCAUUAUUAUUAUUAUUAAUUUCCUUUUUGGCUUUAAGUUGCAAAAAUUCCUCUGGCUGUUUGUUCUCAAUCUUUUAAUGUUUAUGAAAGGAUGUUAAGUAAAUUAUUUCGCUUGUAAAAACAUGUCGAUAUUUAUUAUCAUUGUACAUAUGUCCUUAUUUUUUUAUAUGUGUGUAUAUAUACAUGAAUAAAAGUAGAAAUCUACUCAAA